AUGGCUGAGAACGUACCCGACAAUUACAUCCCCAAGUAUGCUCAGCAAGACGAGUGGGAGGACAAGGAGCUCCAAAAAUUCGCGAUUGAGUUCUAUCGCAUCUCAGACAAGCCAGAAGAGAACCAACGCUGGGUCGACUCCUUUUGCGAGGACGCACGUGUUCAAAUUGGCGCUGAUAAGGCGCGUGGCACAAAUGACUUGGCCCAAUUCCGAACUCGAAUGUGGAAGUUAGUCAAGGAGAGGAAGCACACGGUACUCAAGGUCUUCCCUGGACGGUUCCCAGACUCGGAAGCCAACGAGAGCGAGGUGAUGAUCCUCGGCGAGGUCGGUGUGACUACAACAGACGGACGACUCAAACAAGCUGCUUGGUCAGCCCAUGCAGUGGUAAAGAAGGUUGAUGGAGCCUGGAAAUUCAAGGAGUACCGAGUUUGGUUGCAGGAUGAGGGACUUCUAUGA